AUGUUAACGAACAAUUAAUAUCCCUAACUUCCAGUUCAAUCUGUACUAUACUAAUAAUAGGCAUAAUAAACUAAUUAGAAACUUCAAAAUUAAUAAUUCUAAUCGCCUGUUUAAAUGAAAAUGAUAUCAGGUUAACCUUCAAUGAUAUAUUAAUAAUAAGCAGCUUAAAGUUAAAUGUAUACUUAACCAAAUCAGAUAUAUACUUAAUCAAAUGAAAUAUAAACAUAACCAAAUCAAAUGUAUAUAUAAUCUAAUCAAAUUAAUGGAUAAGUUAAUCAAAUGUAUGCAUAAUCUAAUCAAAUAUACACAUAAUAGAAUUAACAUGUAAAGACUAUACAACAACAUCAUAUGUAAAUUACAAAUGAAGCAAUAUAGGCAUCAUACUCAUGAAUACAAAAUUCCUUAAUAUUAGUAACCAAUUGUGACAUCUCCAUAAUAACCUGUAAUUGCUACUCCAUAAUAACCAAUAGUAACAGCACCUCCUCCUUAAUAACCAGAAAUCAAUGAGUUGUAUCAUGUAGAACGAGAAUUACAAGUUCUUUCUGUUGAAGAUGUAGAAGAACCUUGGAAAAAAAAAUGUGUCGAAUUAGAAAUUAAAAUAUUUGACUUAUAAACUGAAUUAGCAAGAUAUAAAAAUUAAGGAUAAGAAAUUAAAGUUACUUCAAAUGAAGAAUUUUAAAUUAGAGAAUUAGAAGCUAAAAUUAAAAUGAUGAAAGAUAUUGAAGAUGGAUUAAGAAAAGAAAUUUAAACUUAAUAAAGUGAAAUUGAUUCUUGGAGAUAAAGAUAUUCCAAAUUAUAAUUAGAAUUUUAACAAUUACUUUAAGGAGGUGAAGAAGUUAGAUAAUUAAGAGAUGCUCUAGCUGAAAAAGAAAGAUAAAUAUUAAAAUUAGAAAAUGCAUUAAAUUCAUCAAAUAUGGAAAUGCAAAAUUAUAUGAGAUUAAUUCAGUAAUUAUAUAUACAUAAUAAUAUUUUAGAAAUAAAGAUUAAGAAAUAGCAUAAUAUAAAUAGAUGAUUAGAUAAUUAGAAUAAGAAAUGAGUGAAUUUUAAUCUACAACAGAAAAAUUGAAAUAUUAUUCUAAUGAAGCAGAUGUUUGGAAAGAAAGAUUUAUGAAAGCUAAUCAAGAUUUCCAUACUGCAUAAGAAUAAUGGAUGAUGGCUUAAGCUGAAUUAGAUUCAUUGAAAAAAUAAAAAACAAUUACUACUACUGAAAAAACAACCACUGUUUAAUAAUCUAAUACAAGGUCAAGUAAAACUGCAGGUAGAUAAUAUUGA